AUGGUGAACGAUGUACUUAAUGAUCUAGUUACACGUGAUUUAUUAUACUGUGGUGAUGGUGAAAGAAUAUUCUUUGAAACGAAACGUUCAUCAAUGGUGAAAACUUAUUUAAAAUUUAUACCAACUACUGAGGAUGAACCACGAUUUCGCGACAGUCUUUUAGAGUUAUAUAAUAUACAAUAUGAAGAUUAUAUAAAACAAUUUGAUCAAGCUUCAUUAUUACCAGCAAAAAGCUCUUUAACACCUUUUGGCCGUGAUUAUAUUCGGAAACCACAAUACGCACCUAUCAUGAAUAAAAAAUAUUGUUUUGUAACACCAGACAAGCAAUUGAAUACAUCAAAUGAUGAGACUGAUGUUGCUCGUGAAGAAACACAAUUAAAUCGACAAGGUAAUAUUCUCUUUUUUUUUUAUAAAAUAACAGAAAUUCAAUUUUCAAUGAGUCAUGGAUGUGUUUCAGAUAAUGACUUACGUUCUUUACCAUUAGUAGAUGUCAAUCAUCAUGAUCAGCAUGAACUUUUAACAUGUAAUGCCGAUAAAACAAUACAACAUUCAUCAAUUCUUGGCGCCAAUCAAUGUAUUCAAACUACAAAAGCAACGGAUCAUAUCUUGACAAUCCAAGAAAAUGUCGUAAAAGAUAUUAAUGAUAUACAAAACCGAAAUUUAUUGUUGUCGUCAGCGGUCGCUAUACCGAGAAUAAGCACGACUCCUAAAACUUGUGCUAUUGCAACCGAACAAGAUGAAAACUCAGUUCUCUUGAAAAAAGAUGAAUUUUAUGCUCUUCAAAAUCAACCAACAGUAUCAGAUGAUUGUGAUCAAACAACCCUUGAAAAUGUUGAUCUGAAUACUUGGCAUGAUCGUCCAUUGAAUGUUACUACACCAGAGGAUGUAAAUAAUGACCACGAUGAUAUACUAACAAAAAAUUCAGAACUAGAUGGUAUUACAGAUGAUCUAAAACAAUCUAGUAGUGAAGCAGCAGGACAACUGGAUAAAAUUCUGGAAGCAACUCAAAAUGAUCAAGAGAAAAUAGUAGGAAAAACAAUGGAUAUAAAUAAGAAAAUACUUGCUGGAAAAGCUUUACUAAUUCCAUCCAUUGUACUAACAAAAGGAUUGAUUGGAUUACACAUAAGAGCACCAGCAAAAGAUAUCAAUGAUGCAUUAGAGUAUCUUGUAGCCGAAGAAUUAUUGAAAAAAGACAAGUAUCUUCAAGCCAGAAACCAUCCAAUUGAAUCAUAUUUGAAAUGUCUUCCGAAAGAUUUUGAUAACAUAUCAAAUAAAUAUUUAUUACAACGAAAAUUAUCAGAACCUCAAGUGACUGUUGAUAAAUAUCUUGAUUCAUUGAAAACAAUAAAAUAUGCAACACUAGUACAAUGCCCAACGAGUAUAUUGAUUAAUGUGUUACAAACACCACCUUAUGAUCAGUUUCAGAUUGAUCUUUCAAGCAAACGUAAAGCAAAUCGUAAUACAAUAAUCAUAGAUUUAUUACGUGAAUGCACAGGUGAAAAAUUAGAACAGUGGACGCCAAUAACAAUCGAACAAUCGUUAAUGGCAAUCAAUGCAUUAGGUUUUCUCAAUCGGGUUGAAGAAAAACUCUUAGAUACAAAGUUAAAUACUUAUUUAACAUCCAAAGGUUGUUCAAAUAUGAUAGUCGAACCAUAUAUUAAAAAAUGUUGUGAUACGAAAUUAAAAAUGAUCAUUGGACGAAAAAUAAUAAUAUUCAAAAUAGAUGGUUCAUAUACCGGUACAUUAACAUAUGGUAAUUGUCUAAAAUGUAUGAAACAAUAUUCACAUAAUUAUUUUAUGUAUCAAGACAAAAAAUACGUUACGUACGAUUCAGUCUUCAGCAGUAACUUAGUCUAUUUGGGUGGUAAUUACGGUUAUGAUAAAAAAUUUAUCAGGUGGUUGUCAAAUUCUAUUUUAUAUUUGUAUAGUGGUUUUGAGAAUUUUGCUAAAUGUUAUAAUGCAACAAACAAUCAAAUUUCUAAAACUGUCGAUACCGCUAAUAUCAAUCUAUGCCCAACUCGAAUACAAGAUUUUUGGUUUUUGUACAACUUUAUAAAUAUAUCAUUCUUUUAUACCGAAUCAACAAUAUUGCAAGUUCCAAGUAACUGCGAUCGACAAAAAUUAGUCGAAUUUAUGAAUACUAAUUAUGACAGAUUAAACAAACAUUUUGUAAACUAUUGGGCUUUACACAAAGAACAUCAUAGUUGCGGAACAACAUGUUCAAUGGCAUUUGUAACAGACGGAUUUCAAAAAUCCAGUCGCUUUAUAUGCGGUAAUAUUAAAAUGGUUGUUCGCAGUAAAGAACUAGGAUAUGUACAAGUUGGGUGUGGUAAUCGCCCAGAAUAUGAAGCAAAACAUAAAAGAAAACAGGAUAAUCAAUGUAAAUCAAUAACAACAUCAACAAAUGGUUCAAAUGACGAUACAACAGAUGCUUUAUGUCGAAGCUGUAAACUAAAUCCGAUAUCACAUGAUGUUGAAGAAGAAAUAAUUACCAACAAUGAAUGCAAUAUUAAUCGAAAUCCACGCUUUGUAAAUGGGAAAGUUAGAUCUUAUGGCGUGAUAUACACGAUGUAUAACUGUGGAAUUGUUGUGGAUUUUCUUGAGAUUAACUUGUCUGAGCAAGUAUUUAUCACUUUGUUGCAUUGGUUCAGUAUGUUAGAUAAAAUCAGUGAUUUAACAAAAACACCGACGAUUUUCAUCUACGAUAAUGCGUGUAGCGUAUGGUUAUAUUUCAAAACACGAUUUCAUACCACCAAAACGUUAGUUCUAACACAAUCAGCACAGUACCUUGAUUCAUGUGAGAUGUUUAUUGACCGUCUUCAUCAAAAAACACACACUCGUCCCAUGUGUCGUACAGAAAGGAAUAUUGAUUUGAAACCACAUUUAGAUGAUGUGAAUACAAUGGUUUGUGAACAGAAUAAUUCAUGGCUCAAGCAGUUCAUCAAUAUAUUGUGCAAUUUAUCAGGGCAACGUUCCAAAUUUUAUUAUUUGUUUCUAUUUCAUUUGCUAAAUUGCAGACGUUGCUCAUUCAAUCCAGAAAAAAAACCACACCUUUUGUGAUUUAAUAAUAAUUCUAUUCUUUCACAUUUUAUCUUUCGUUGUUUCUAACCAAUUUAUAUUAUACAUUGUUAGGGAUAUCUUCGCAUAGUUUCACUUAUUGUUCGUCUUCUUUUUUUAUGGGUUGAAUAUAUUUCUUUCUUUCUUUCUGAUCACAUAUAUUUCUUUCUAUCUGAUCAUAUAUAUUUCUUUCGUUCUUUCUUUCUUUCUGAUCAUAUAUAUUUCGAUCACAUAUCUUCUUAUUCUUCUUAUGUUUAAACCCUGGAAUCGUUCGGCCACGUAUAUAUGUUCCUCCUCUUCUAUAUGAUCGGUCUGAUAUAGUGUGUGUAAUUAUCACCAUCAAAUAGAAACCGUUAGCAGACAUUCUUUUCGAAAAUACCCUUACAAGUUCAGUUAAACAACGAAAGAUAUUCACAGGUAUUCAAGAAGUUCUAUAAUUAUAGAUAAAGGAAAAGCAAGUAAAUGAACUGUGAAAAGCUUAAGGCCCCCCCCCCCCCCCCCCGGGACAAAAAAAAUUCCCAUAAAAAAUACCAAUUUUGGGAUUCAUCCAUAUUCAGAUAGCUUAUCAUCUACGCUUUCGAAUGGACUAUAAUUUAUUGGUUUUCUGAUGGUUUUUGAGGGUUUUACAAUGAGUUUUCUGAAAACCCUUUCUGAAAUUUUUUUUUAAAACUUUAAUUAUUGAUGAUAUUUGAAUUUUUUCCUAUACUACAUAUUAAACAAAAAAAACUAAUUCUCAAAGUAAAAACUUGUUUUGCGUUUUUCUCAAAACUAUUUUUUUAUAUUUUAUCUGUUAGUAUUUUCUAGAUUUCUCCACUAUUUUGAAUGACAGAAAGCUCGGGAAGGUUUUAAAUUAAAGCUAAAGCUCAGCACUAGAGCAUAGCAAAAGCCGUAGUUUUUGUUUUCCGUUUAGUUCUUGAUGAAAAAAUCGAGUUUUGUAAAGAGUUAACCUCAAGUUUUUCCAAAAACCUUUUUUGUUAUUCAAAAAACCGGCUUUACUAAGCUUUAGAGCUGCGCUUUAGCUUCAUUUUAAAACCGUCCGAAGUUUUCUAUCAUUCAAAACGGUGGAGAAAUCCUGGAGCUACGACGGCCUACUUUUUAUCCUUGAUAUCAGGAUAACUCGAGCAAAACUCAAUAUUACGAACUCAAUUUUUGACUGAAGACUAUCCAAGGUUAGAUACAUAUUCAGUAAAAAUUUCACUAAGAGUGAGUGCUCUGGAAAAAAAAUUUUGAUUCGGGGGGGCCCUUAAGGAAUAAAGGAAAUGAAUGGUCAGGGGCGUUUAA